CGCGGGGUUGCGAAGCGGAUGAACUUGAUCCAAGGGAAGACGAACCAGUUCCUCCGGGAAGCCAUCUUGGAGAACAAUGUGGAGAAGGCGCGCAAGUAUCUGACGCUCCUCAUCGGGAAGGCGGACAUCCAAGGCACCACUGAGCAAGGAGGGUUCACCAUGCUGCAUUGCGCAGUGAUCAUUGGCAACAUUCAAAUGGUGGUGAUGUUGCUUCAGUUGAAUGCGAAUAUAUGGGCGAUCACCGAUGACGGAUAUUCCGCGCUCGACUUGGCGCUGUGGAAAGGCCAUGCUCAAAUCGUCGACAUCCUUCGUUCCCAGGGGUAUACACUCUGUAUUCGCUUUGAAUAUAAGGUCAUAUGACUGGUAGAGCUAUCGCCCCCAUGAAGGAACCGGAGAGUUUGAACGGCAAGAUGGUUCUUCAUCGCGGUCGCAAGGGGGUCGUGGUCGACUACUUCCCCAGCACAGCGUUCCGGACAAAGAGCACCCGCGCGUUGCAUUAUCCUGCUGCAGAGAAUGGCAAAGCCGCCGCGGACAACUUCCUUGUGAACCUCUGGGCCGGCACGGACUACCGCAUCAUCGGCAUCGAAUUAGACUAUGAAAGGCACCGGUCGAAUGUGUUUACUCCGAUGGAUGUUGGGAUGGAUGCCGACGACAUCCACGUGUCCAACGACCAGCGGUCCCUUUCCGGGUCCGAGCCCACCUUCCAAGCGGCCGCCCCUCGGACUCCUCCAGUGGCCGCCGCCGCGUUCCCUUCGGACGCCGAGACCAAGCUUGAAGCGGAGCUCGAGACGGUGAUGGAAGGGCAUGCGUUCUUCGAUCUCGACGAAGAAGACGACGACACCGAUGAAGAUGUAGAUGACGAUGAGAUCGAAGUCGAAGCUACGGCAGAGGUCGUAGUUCCUCCAGGCCCGUUAGGGGUGCUGCUAGAUUCAGGCAUAGAGUCGUGCGCGGUCGUCCAGGGGUUCACCCCGAUCGUGACGGGCGGUCCCGGCGCCAUCGAAGCGUCGGGAGUCGUUAAACCUGGCAUGUACAUCAUCGGCAUCAACGACACCAAUGCGUGUCUCAUGACCCUGCAACAAGUGAUUCAACUGCUGGGGAAGCUCGCGCGCAAGGAGAAACUCAUCCGGUUUGCCGCGUAUAAGCCGCCUAAGGUGAAGGUCCAGAAGGUUAGACAAGCCAAAGAAGCAGUAGCUAACACCACCACCCUUCUUCCCUCGUCGACGACAAACCUGGCUGACCUUGUGACCGCGGUGCGAGAUCGCCGGGCGUCACUGGCCGCGGCGCCGAUUUCGUUCAAGCUGCAAGAUGUGCCGCCGCCGUCACCAGCUACGAUGAUCCCACCGUCGGAAAUCGAAUGUGCCCACUGUGGUCUCCCCACCUCAGUGCAUCUCUCCGACGAGUGUCCGUACAAGUAACAUGCAGUUUUGUUCAAAAGGUGUAUAUCACACUAAUUGGAGUCACUAAUUCAAAGUUGAUGAUGGUUUCCGGAAA